GGCGGGGCGCCAAGCUCCUUCUGCUGCGCCGCGCUCGCCGCACGGAUCCGUCGCUGCUGCCUCGCUGCUGCCUCGCUCCUGCCUCGCUAUGGCCAACCCCGUCGUCUUCUUCGACAUCGCCGCCAACGGCGAGCCCCUGGGCCGCGUCACCUUCGAGCUGUUCGCAGACAAGGUCCCCAAGACAGCAGAAAACUUCCGUGCCCUGAGUACUGGUGAGAAGGGAUUUGGCUACAAGGGGUCCUGCUUCCACAGGAUCAUUCCUGGGUUCAUGUGCCAGGGUGGCGACUUUACACGUCACAAUGGCACUGGAGGCAAAUCCAUCUACGGGGAGAAGUUCCCUGAUGAGAACUUCAUCCUGAAGCACACAGGCCCUGGCAUCCUGUCAAUGGCCAACGCUGGCCCCAACACAAACGGUUCCCAGUUUUUCAUCUGCACUGCCAAGACUGAGUGGUUGGAUGGAAAGCACGUUGUCUUUGGCCGUGUCAAGGAGGGGAUGAACGUGGUGGAGGCCAUGGAGCGCUGUGGCUCCAAGGAUGGCAAAACGAGCAAGAAGAUCACCAUCACCGACUGUGGGCAGCUCUCGUAGACCCUCUUCUUGCCAACUGACCAUUCCUCGGGCAGCCUGGGCGCUGUGCCCCGCUGCAGCUCACCCGCUCCUGCCCCGUUCCCGACGUACUGCUGCCUUUCUACUGGGUCUUGGCCCCACAUACACGGUCCCACUGGGCCGCAGUUACCUUUGAGUCUAAAUAAAACGAGUUAACCCACA